AUGUCUCAAGUUGAAAAAAAAUGGAAAAUGGAAAAUGGAAAUUAAAAAAUAGCGCCGGAGAGGGAGAACGCAAGGCAGAGAGAGAGAGAAAAAAGAAAUUAAAUAAAAUUCCAAAUGAAGACCGAAAUUCGAAUAAAAAGAAAAGAGAGCAGAGGAAAACAUCCAAAACCAAAAAGCAAAAUGGCAUUAGACGCAAGAAAAUUAAAAAAUCCCCAUCAUGUGCUCUGGGGAUGUUGUGGAUGGCGCUGGAAGUGCUUCGUUCUACUGCGGGAAUCGCCUCCCAAGCUGUGGAACGAGUCGCGAUUCAGGUGGCCAAUAAUUUCCAGGGCCCAAAGCAGAGGCUGGAUCUGGUGCUACAGAGAGGGGGGAACAGCUGCAACGAAAGUGUUAGUGGCUACAACGCUUGACAGCCGGGGGUUGAAAUCGGCCGGAAAGCUGCAGGUCUGGUCGGCCAUUGGCACCGGCCACAACCCAAGAGACAAAGCGCCAGCGUUUCUGGGAUGGCGACUCUCCUGGCAGCUUCCUGGAACGUCCUCAAUGGUCUUUCAUUCUAUCCUGCAGAUCAUCAAGCCCUUUCCCGCUUCCCCGGCCAGCCGGAACCUUGAAACGAGGUGUAGACGGCGCGGUGGCACCGUCACAGUCCCUCCUGUGCCCCUUAUUCCGUGAAGACAAUGCGCCUAGCGUGUGGCACCGGGGAGGAGAGGGAAAAAAAGAAAAAAGAAAAGAAAAAGGGCCCUGAAGGCCCUGGGCCACGUGACCGCUCGAGAAGAGCGGUGGCGAAGGCAAUCGACGGUCGUUUGGACGCCGGACGGGAAGAUGAAGCCCAAGGGAGACGAAGCUGGAUGGGAAGUGAAAAUAAGAGUGCGAUGGCGGCGUCACACGUGGGGGCGAUGACAGGCGCAUUAUGUACUUGGACGGCCGGCAGAUGAUGUGUCUUAGCUCUGGGUUGAUC